CCACUCGCCGCGAUUCCAUUCCCAACCCCUCGAUCCACUCUCCCCUCCAGCAGACACCAUGGCCGCUUCGAUCAGAGCCAAUUGCAGAAAGGUCAUCUGUAUUGGCAGAAACUAUGCCGAUCACAUCACGGAGCUCAACAACACUAAGCCCAAGCAGCCGUUCUUCUUCUUGAAGCCUGCUUCCGCUAUUCUCUGCCCGGGCGAGGGCCCUGUCCUGCGGCCUCAGGGUACCAACCUGCACUAUGAGGUUGAAUUGGCUCUGGUGAUGGGCAAGACCGUUCGGGACCUGGACCCGAAGGACGAGAAGGGCGCUUUGGAUGCGAUCCACAGCUACCUCCUCGGUAUUGACAUGACCGCUCGCAACGUCCAAGAAGAAGCGAAGAAGAAGGGCCUUCCCUGGUCCAUCGCCAAGGGCUUCGACACCUUCCUGCCUGUCUCUCAGGAGAUCGCCAAGUCUCGUCUCCCCGACCCUCACAAUGCCUUCCUCCGUCUGAGCGUGGGCUCGCAGGUGCGCCAAGCCGACUCGACUGGCCUCAUGCUUUACCGGAUCCCCAGACUCCUGGCCGAGAUCUCCCGUGUGAUGACCCUGGAGAAGGGUGACCUUGUCCUGACCGGUACUCCCAAGGGUGUGGGUGAAGUCAAGUCUGGCGAUGUGAUGAAGGCGUCCAUCGAAGUCGAUGGCAAGGAGCUCGAGGAGGGCCGGAUUGAGGUCCAGGUCGAGGACCGUGUGGGUAGAUACCGGUACAGCGAGACCUAAACGGUCGACUGAAAUAGCAUAUGUAUAUCAAAUAGACAUCAUAUACUUGAAUAACAUUCGGAUCAAGACUCGUCACGCAAGUUGGCC